AUGGCGGACAACGCAGAACUCGAGUCGUUUCGACGCCAGUGGCGCGAAGAGGUUGCGCAGAGGACGAGGUCUACUAGGCCAGGACCCCCUAAACCCAGAGAGUAUGUGCCAACAUCGACAACGACAGCCCGACUAGGUCAAUUUCCCCCCACUCGCCACGAAGCAUCGGAGCGCGAGGAUGAAGAUGAGGAUGAUGGAAUCUUGGCUCCUCCGGCAGACCAGGAGGAGAUUGUGCAGCAAAUUGGGCAUCUGAGUCUAGCUGACGAGGAUGCAUUUCAUCCCCGAGUUCCAGAGAAGGAGCCCAGUUCGGCUCUGGAGCAUUUCGAAAAAGCGGUGCAAAAGGAGGAGGAGGGUAGCUUGGGAGACAGUCUGCAACUCUACCGCAAGGCCUAUCGGUUAGACUCGACUGUCGAUAAAUCUUACCGCGACAAGCAUUUUGCCUGGGCAUGGAAGAAACCCACACAGCCUCCUGCUCCAAGUGCUCCAAGUGCUAGUACUACAACAGUGAAACAAGACGAAGAGAAACCCGAUAUUCUACCAAUGCCCGACCUCAUCGCAUCCUUUGCGCAUUUACCCAUCCCGCCGGCCGAACCUGAAAUUGAAAACACACCUCCGCCCCCGUGCCCUAUUGCCAAAGUCCCGUCUGAAGUUAUUGUUGAGAUUCUGAAGCAUGUGGCCUUGAUGGACCCAGCAGCUUUUGGUCGGAUAUCACUGGUGUGUAAACGUCUGGCAUACCAUUUCGCACAUGACCAACACAUCUGGAGACGGCUUUGCCAGGGAUCAGAGUUCGGGUUCAAAUCGAUGCACUAUUCGUUUGCUUGCGACGUGUUUGGCAACCCAGAAUACACGCUUGCUUCUCGUUACACUCCAUUUCCUUUUGAUACACCAUUACAGAUCCCAAGUCCGUUUGAUUCAUGGAGCGAAGUCUUCCAAAUGCUCCCCCGGAUCCGUUUCACAGGGAUCUAUAUUAGCACGGCCAACUAUACCCGACCUGGUGGAGCCUCCGCGUACCAGAAUGUAUCGUGGAACAGUCCCAUUCAUAUCAUAACUUACUACCGAUACCUACGGUUCUACCCAGACGGAACUGUUCUUUCGCUGCUGAGCACCACACCACCACUAGAUGUGGUUCCAUACAUAAACAAGGAAAACGUGAUGGCGUCACGAGGAACUUCUAAUCGACAACAGCAUCAGCAACAAAAGCCACCGGACUCUAGUCAUAAAACCGCCGGAUCAUCCGAUUACGUUCCUCCUGUAGCAAUGGCAGCGUUGAAAUACACCCACCGGGGCCGGUGGCACCUGGUCAAACCGACGACGCUACCAGAUCCACCAAAUCCGAACGCCAGGCCCGAGCUGGCACCAGACCCAUCGUUACUAGGUAGAACCCCGGAAGGCGUCGAAACUGAUUCUCGAGACGUCAUCAUCGAAACCGAAGGAGUUGGUCCAAAGUACAGCUAUACGCUCCAUUUGGCCUUGCGGUCAUCUUCUGGUGGAACCAAGCCUGCGAACUCCAAUGUUUCACCACCCAACCCGGCCAAGAAUACUAAGCUGGCUUGGAAGGGGUAUUGGAGUUACAAUAACCUCACAGAUGACUGGGCUGAGUUUGGGCUGCGGAAUGACCGGGCAUUUGUGUUCCGGCGUGUUCGAGGAUGGGGUAUGAACUGA